ACAUAAAAAUCAGUGAAUAAAAACGGCUGGUGUUGACUUAGUCCCAUGUUUACGCUUCUUUCACUUCCUAGGUACCACCAUUCCAGGCAAAAUGAAGUUCUUCAUUGUCGUCGCCUUGUUCACUGUUGCUGCAGCAGCGAACGCUCCAUUCAAUCAUGAUCUUGACAAGCACUGGGAAGAAUUCAAGAGGAUUUAUGGCAAAACCUAUACUGGUAGAGAAGAAGCAGAACGACGAUUCGCCUGGGAAGAACAUAUAGCCAAAAUCGUUCAUCACAACAUUCGAGCUGAUCUUGGACAACACUCAUUCAGACGUGGUCUCAACAAAUAUGCUGAUAUGAGACACGAAGAGUUUGUGAAAGUAAUGAACGGAUUCAGACCAAAGAACGUGCCUUCCAAUGCAUCCGCAUGGGUACCUCCUUCCAAUGUCAAAAUCCCAGACCAAGUUGAUUGGAGAACAAAAGGCCUAGUUACCGGAGUUAAAGAUCAGGGUCAAUGCGGAUCCUGUUGGGCAUUUUCUACUACCGGCUCCUUAGAAGGACAACACAAGAAGAAGACUGGCGAUUUAGUAUCUCUUAGUGAACAAAACUUGGUCGAUUGCUCAGGACCAGAAGGAAAUGAUGGUUGCGAAGGUGGUUUGAUGGAUUCCGCAUUUGAUUACAUCAAACAGAACAAGGGGAUUGAUACCGAGAAGUCCUAUCCUUACACUGCUGAGGAUGGCAGUUGUCACUUUAAGAGAGCUAACGUUGGUGCUACCGUCACUGGCUACGUUGACAUUCCCUCCGGCGAUGAAGAGGCCCUGAAGAAGGCUGUUGCCACUGUAGGACCAGUUUCAGUAGCAAUCGAUGCCAGCCACGAUAGCUUCCAAACUUACCUAAACGGAGUCUAUGAUGAACCUGAAUGCAGUACCUCAGAAUUAGAUCACGGUGUUCUCGUAGUUGGUUACGGAACUGAGGACGGAAGAGAUUAUUGGUUGGUCAAGAACAGCUGGGGACCUUCCUGGGGAAUUAAAGGUUACAUCAAGAUGUCCCGAAAUUCAAACAACCAGUGCGGCAUUGCAACUCAAGCCAGUUAUCCUCUUGUAUAAUUCUUGCCCGUUAUGUGAUAUUAGGACUGUUGCUUUUUAAAUUAAUCCCAUGAAGUAUUAGUUGUUAUUGUUGAGUGUUAUUUUUAUGUUAGUACAUGUUUUCAAUAAAAUAAAAAUGUUUUGUUUUAA